UCCCGAGUCGACUCGAAACCGACUCGUCUCUCGACUCUCUCCCACUUGUGUGCCGUUGCCAACCACCAUCUUUGCUCUUCACGCUCCCUCGUCUUCCGUCGGUCCACCGUUCUCGACUCCCUCCGUCCGAAGGUCCGCAGAUCUCUUUCCCUCUCCCUCUCCUCUCCUCUCCGUGCUCGCGCCAUGGCGGUCGCGUCUCCUUCGAGCGGCGCGUCGAGCGUUGAGGCCAUGGACGCCGCGCCUCCGAUGUCGCCCUUCGAAGCGGCGCCCGAUCCCUCGCCCUCGCCGCCGUCGCCCCCAGCCACCUCCGGCUCGAACGGGUUGCCUGACUGGUGCGAUCCGCCGGGCUCCUCUCCCGUCGCUCAGAGGGACGCCGAAAUCCAGACUGCAGCAUCACCGAGGAGUGAAGAGUACCGGCAACUGUUCAGACUUCCACCUGAGGAAGUCCUUGUUCAGGAUUUUAAUUGUGCAUGCCAGGAGAAUAUACUCAUCCAGGGUCAUAUGUACCUGUUUGUACACUAUAUCUGCUUCUAUUCCAAUAUAUUUGGUUUUGAAACGAAGAAAAUAAUACAUUUCGGCGACAUUACAAGUGUAAAAAGAGCGAAGACUGCAGGUAUCUUCCCCAAUGCAAUUGAAAUAUUUGCCGGAGGGAAAAAGUACUUCUUUGCAUCUUUCCUGUCCCGUGAUGAAGCAUUCAAGCUGAUUAAUGAUGGGUGGAUGCAACAUGGGGGUGAUUCCAGAGCAGUCACCGAGAAGCAGGCAAGUAUGUCUGAGUCGAGCUUCCAGGAAGAUGGAUCUGAAUCUGAUUCGGUGAGAAGCUCCAAAUGCCUUGAUGUUAUGGAGACAAGCAAUGGGAAUUUCAAUGUUCCUAUUCCCAUUGAUACUGUGAUUACACCCAAUGCGGAAGAUGAUAAUGCAUCUGCAACAGUAUCAGAAUUCCAAGAUACUGAAGAGCAUGAGUCCAUACCUAUUCCAGUUUGUAGUUCUUCAGCUUCAGAGAAGACUUGGUCAUGGAAGGUGGAAGAUUAUGAUGCGCCCAAGAUACCCGAUUACCAGACAAAGGUUGCAGAAUCCAAGUUCCCGAUAAAGGUGGAGGAAUUCUUUAACCUGUUUUUCUCAGAUGAUGCUGUCCAGUUUGGUGAUUCAUUUCAUAGAAGAUGUGGAGACAAAGAGUUUAAGUGCUCUCCUUGGCAACCCCAUGAUCAGUUUGGGCAUGCUCGUGAGGUGUCUUUUCAGCAUCCUAUCAAGAUAUAUUUUGGGGCAAGAUCUGGGAGCUGUCAGGAGGUGCAGAAAUUUCGAGUAUAUAGAAACAGUCAUUUGGUUAUUGAGACAUCACAGGAAAUCAACGAUGUACCAUAUGGAGAUCAUUUUCGGGUGGAGGGACUAUGGGAUGUCAGAAGAGACGGCGAUGAAUCAAAACAAUGUUGCAGCUUGUGUAUAUAUGUUAAUGUGGCUUUUGUAAAGAAAACCAUUUUUAGAGGAAAAAUUGUGCAGUCUACAUUGGAGGAGUGCCGGGAAGCUUAUGCAAUUUGGGUGGACAUGGCCCAUGAAUUACUGAAGGAGAGAAAUCUUGAAAAACAAGAAGAUAGAGCUCCUGAGUGUAACUUGAUUCAGAAUGGGGAAGCGAGUCUAGAAUCAAAAGAGAAUAUUGGAGAUGUCGCAGAGAUGUCUACUGAGAUUAUUAAUGCUUCGAGGACACCGAAGAUGUCUGAUUCCACAAAUGUCCAGCAGCAUGAAGCCAGCUUUUUCCAUGGAAAUCGGAUUGACAGUGCCUCUAUGCUUUACAUGCUGAAAGACACUGUGGCCAAAUUCUUGUCUAACAUGAAAAGACAAGCCAAUUUUCCACUACUCAUAGCUGUAAUUUUCGCUGUGAUUCUUCUGAUGCAGGUUAGCAUAGUUCUGCUCCUAUCCCGGCCACAAAACAUCCAUAUCAUUUCUCAAGCAGACUACCUUGGCGGCUUGGGCAGUGGAGCAGGCGAAAGAUCUCCUGAAGCAGUUGCCUGGUUGGAGAAACGAUUGUACCAUCUUAAGGAUGAAAUGACCACGGUCGAAGCUCGGCUUGAGAGGAUGCGUUGGGAACAUGCACGACUAAAAGAACAGCUGAGAGAGCUAGAACACAUAAAUAACCAGAGAAGACAUAAAGGUACAUGACGUUGUCAUUCUUUUAUGAUGCAUGUUGUACGCGGACAUCAUUUCUGUAAUAAAUAGCUAAUAUCCUGAUUUUGUGAGGCAAUAAAUCGCAAAGAGAUUCAUC